GUCCUUCGGUCGGUGCAGCGGGGGCGCAUGGCCGGCCCACCGGCGAGCCCCUCCGGCGACGGCGGAAGCCCCACGGCCGGCCGCAUCGGGGAGGAGCGGGACGUGUUCGUGCCCGUCGCGGAUAUCACCCGCAUCAUGGGGAAGGUCAUCCUGCCAGACGGGAAGAUGGACGGGGGGGCUGUGCGGGAGCUGGUCUCCGACAGUGAGAGCGACAGAUGCAAGAGGGCGAAGCGGGAGGCCAUGACGGUUGAUGACCUGCUGUCCGAGAUGGCGAAGCAGGGGUUUCAGGACCACAUCGAACCCCUCAAGGCCUACCUGCACAAGUACAAAGUGGAGCUACCUUGCACAACGGAGGUGGAGCCAAACCCCUUGCCCGUGUCUGAUAUCAGGGAUUGGUCUGAGCUUCCACUCGAUGCGCUUUCUGCAAUCUUCAUGAAGCUUGGGACCAUUGAGAUUCUGAUGGGAGCGGGACUUGUGUGCCACUCAUGGCUGGUAGCAGCCAAGUCCCCUGAGUUGUGGCGUUUCGUGGACAUGACACGCCACAAGGUGGUUUUCUCAGAGGCGGAAAAGGUCAUGUGCAAAAUGGCAAAAGUGGCUAUAGAUCGCUCCGAUGGACGGAUGGAAUCGUUCUGCGCUCAGAAGUUUGUCACUAGCGAACUCUUGAAUUAUAUUGCAAGCAGGUGCCACUCACUAAAGAGCAUUCGGCUCAUCGGCACCAUGUACUUUUGGGAUGAUGAGGACGUAGUAAUUAAGCUUGCAGCUAAAUGUCCAAUGCUACAAGAGAUAGAGUGCUCUGAUCAGAAGCAGCCAUGGCCUUUUUUCACGAGGAUCGGCGCAGCGCGCCCAGAGUUGAAACGUCUAAGAGUCCGUUAUCCUUGGUUCGACUCAGAUUCAAUAUUGAUGAAUGACGAAGGCGAGAAGGAGGAGGAGUCUGAUGAGGCCUGGGAGGCGAGACAAAAUCAGGAGGCCUUUGCCAUAGCAGAGAGCUUGCAUGAGUUGCGGCUCCUUCAGAUGUCAGGCUAUGGCCUGACCAACAAAGGGGUAUACGCCAUCCUCGAAGGCUGCCCCCACCUUGAGUUCCUCGACCUUAGAGAAUGCCUCCACAUCGAAGUUAACGCUGAACUCCAAGCUCGUUGUGCCAAUAUCAGGCAUGUCCAGCUGCCAGGAGUGGGGCCUUAUGUACCGUGCCCCGAACUCCAUACCAUCGAGGCGGAUGAAGGUGAAGUGAUCGAGAUGGAUGAUCUCUAUGAAACGGGGGCUCACUCUCUGCGCAACGAGCUAGCGAUGGACAAUGACUACUAUGGCGAGAACUACUGCUGGGAUGACUACUCGCUCCCCUCGUCCCCUGGCUCGCCUGUCGUACCGAUGUACUCUAUGGCUGAUCCCAGAUACUACUGGGAGCUGUAA